AUGGAAAUUGACUAUCAGGUUGUUGAUGGAGGUGAUUUAAAUAUUAAUUUUAUGUCUGUUCUUGGUGCAGAAGUAUUAGUUCAAGAAGUUUCAAAAAAAGAAGGAAAUCAUAAAAUUCCUCUAAAAACUUUAGGAGAUUAUCAAUUUUGUUUUGACAAUACUUUUUCUUAUCAAUCUCGCAAAGUUGUAUUUUUUGAAGUUUAUUUACUUGAUGAAGAUGGAAAUAUAGAUGAUGAAGCAUUUGAAAAACAUACAUCAAAUGAUUUAAAUGAUGAAAGGGGUUUAGAUAGUCUUGGAAUGACAAUAAAUCAAUUACGUAAUUCAUUUGAAAAAAUAAAAAAUGUUUUAAAUAAAAUUGAAUAUAAUCAAGCACUUUUACGUGCAUAUGAAUCUCGAGAUAGAGCUAUCUUAAGAACAAAUUUAAGUAGGGUUAAUUUUUGGUCAAUAAUAAAUACAAUUGUUAUAAUAUUUGUUGGAUGUUUACAAGUAUUUAUGAUAAGAAGUUUAUUUAAUGAAAAUUCAAAAAUUGGCAGAUUAUUAAAAAAGACAUAA